AUGGCAUUACGUUACGGAGCACUUGUCAAGGAGGCAACUGUGCUGCUUGAUAAGUUUAAUGCCAGCAAGCUAUGUUUGGAUGACUUCAAUGAGGAUGCCUCAAAGAAUAUGGAGAGCAUGGGUGAUCUGGAUAAGACUUUUGUCCUUGAUGUCAUUUCUGGUUGUGUCGAGCACAAAAAGUUACUGGACGUAGUUGUCAAAAUCUUCUAUGGUCAAAAUGGGAAAUGUCUCUCCAGAGGUGAUCGCAACCAGUUUGUCAUUGUCUGCUACCUUGCCCUGUUCCUUCUUGAUGACCUUGGACUUCAAUGUUUUAGUAACAUUGUCAAAUCUCUGGACGUCAUAAAGAUGCACAAAUUCUUGAGUUUCUUCUUCAGUGUCACACACCUAACCACAUGGAUACAAGCUGAGUGGAGUAAGAUCUAUGAUGCUGCUUAUGUGGAGAGAAACCUGAUUGGCCCUCUGCUGAGGUGGCGCCCUAAGAUAGAGGUUCUGAUAGACGAGCUUGCUGUCAGAAUGUCUUGCAGGAUUCAAAUCAAGAAAACCACCAAAGCCACUGAGCCACAGGAGUUCUCUCUCACCAAAUCUAAAAACCGUCCUCUCCCCGUGCUUGAGUCCAUUCCACUACCAGAAAAACGUCAUCCAGUGCCAGAUAGCACUUACAGGGCACCACAGGAGGCAAAGGCCAUGGAGGAAAUCAAACGAAGAAACCGUCGUAAGUCUGAGCAACUGCUAUAUGAGGCAAAUAUUAAACAGUUCCAAUGUGCAAAUCCACAGAAGUCUGAACACACAAUGAACACAAUGGCUCAGAUCAGGGAAAGCUUUGAUUCCAAGCUCAAGUUCAAUUCAUUUCAAUCCUCCAGAGUGCCAGCCACUCACAAGACUGAAAACUGGCCUAUCAAGCUCAACAACACAGCCAUUCUAAGGGAGGGAGCGCUGUAUGACCGUCAGGUGGAGGAAGAGUUGCGAAGGAUGGACCAUCUCGUGGAAGGGGCACGGGAGCCCUCUUCUUUCCAACAGUGGCAGAAGGAGAUGCGGGAGCGAGAUCUUCAAGAGCAGCUGGCCCAGGUUGAACAAAGGCGCCUAGAGGGACGUAUCAGUUUUGAGGAGGCUGCUAUGACCCGCACACGCCUCAUGGAGCAUAACCAGCAGAUUGCAAAACUCAAGAAAGAAGAGACAGCUCAGCUGAUGCGGAGAUACGCUGAGAAAAGGAUACAGGAAGAGAAAGGAAUGAGAGACUUGGUGAAACAGGUGUCAGAGGGACACAAGAACUCUGCAGCAGCUAAAGGGAGGCUGCAGGAGCUCAAGCAACGAAUCGUUAAAGAUGUCUCGGAGCAGAGUCAAGAACUCCUUUGCCAGGCCCUAGAGGACGCACAGGCAGAGCUAAGUAGAAAAUUUGAGGUCAUCUGUGAGAUCCAUGCCAUAGAAUCAGUCCCUCUCAUCAGACACAAGUUUGUGGACAACACAGAGACAGCAGGGCAUGACUUGUUGGGAGAGAUGUCCCUGGUUGAGCUUAAGGAGCGGCUGGCCAUGCUGAAAGAGGCACAACAGCAUGAGCAGCAGGAGAGACGACAGCGCAUAGUGGAGGAGAAGCAAAGCAAGGAACAUCGUCUGCUAGAGCAGCUGGACAUUAUUGACCUCCACAGGAAAGCACGAGGACAGGCUGCAGUACGCAGGAAAGAGGGGGAGAAAGUCAGGCUGGGUGUGCAGCAGGCAGUGUCUGAGGACGAAAGAGUACUUGCUCUGCAGAAGAAACUGGAAGAGAAACGGCAACAACGCCAGAGAGUGAGGCAAAUUGAAAUGAACAAGGCCAAAAACUUCUGAAAUGGCAAAUGCACACUGUUGGAAGCAAGUUGGAAGCCCAAAAAAAUAAUAUUGAAGGAGCAACAUUGGGCCAACUUGGGGCAAAGCGUAUAGCACCAAGUCAAGAAGGAAGCCCCAGAUACUGUUUGUCAGAAGAAAACUCUCAAGACAUAGAAAAGAUACCGUGGAAAAUUCUCCAAAGACCUAAAAAAAAUUGUGUUUGAUUGUUUUAGAUUAAAAUGGUGAAUCAAUAAUGCAACACCCAAACUCACUGCCAGGAAUGACUAAUUCAAAUAAAUUACAUUCUCAUAUUCAUAUUCUUUUUUUCAAGCAUUUAUAAACGAUUGCAUUGAAUAAAAAUGGCCUAUCUCAAGAA